GUGAUAUCAUUUGCUUCCAUCUCGUCCUUCCUUUCAGUCUGAUUUAUUCUUAGGAUUAGGAGCUUUUUAGACUGGCACCUCAAACGGAUGGAGCCUCCUUCACCACGCUACUGGAAGACCGCAGCAUACUAGACAUCAAUCAAGCACAUUGGUGGUCGACUUGGCUUCCUGCCACCAAUAUAGUAUUGUCAACUGUUCUUGCAGACGUGAACUACAGUGUUUAUCUAGUCCAUGGCCAAAGCUCCCUCUCCCUCCAGAAACGAUCAACGAGUCAUCCUACACUUUGACUAUGACUGCUUCUAUGCCGCCGUCUUCGAGGUAGAGCAGCCAGUGCUGAAGACGCUGCCGUUGGCAGUGCAGCAGAAGCAGAUCGUGGUAACAUGUAACUAUGAGGCACGACGGAGGGGGCUGCGCAAGCUCCAACUGAUCAAGGAAGCCAAGCAGGUCUGUCCCGACGUCGUCAUUGUUCUAGGCGAGGAUCUGACCCGCUUUCGCGAUGCUUCCAAACGGCUUUUUCUCUAUCUGCGAUCGUUCGUCUGGGGAGCCAAGGUUGAACGACUCGGUUUCGAUGAGUUGUUUCUUGAUGUGACCGAGAUGAUCGAUUACAACGUUGAUCUGCUCAACCGCCAUGAUCUGGAGCACUCAUUCUUUCAUCUCGACCGCCAGGAACCCACAGUGGGUUUCACUUACAAUGCCACCCAAGUGCACGGGUCCACCUACCCUGCGGAUCUGAAUCCCACGGAUGUAAAAAUAAGCUCGAACGGGGACGUUUCGGGGCUCUACACGCGGCUGCUCGUGGCCUCGCACUUGGCAGGCUUUUUGCGAGGCCAACUCGAGUUCCACAUGGGAUACACGGCCACAGUGGGGAUUUCUACCUCUAAAUUGCUGGCCAAGUUGGUAGGCAACACACAUAAACCUAACAACCAGACUAUCCUUCUUCCGCCAUAUUUGGCACACCCGGGCGCUUUCGAGAGUAAUGUGGCAGCCUUCCUGGAUGCACACGAGAUUCGAAAGAUUCCCGGGCUAGGCUCCAAACUAACACGGAAAAUCAUCGCUUAUCUCACCAAGGCUGACGCGCAAGUCGGCUCUCCUCCCACAUCUGAUCUGGCCAAAGAUCUCAGUGGUCCAAAGACCGUUCGAGAUGUGCGGCUGUGUUCUGGUAUGGGACCAGCCUUGCUGGACCGUAUUUUAGGCGGGCCAGGUGCACCAAGGGAUAUCGGUGCCCGAGUUUGGGGCCUACUGAACGGUGUUGACCCUACACCGGUCGUCCCGGCGGGCGAUAUACCAACACAGAUCAGUAUCGAAGACACGUACGGGCGUUUAGAUACCUUAGAGAUUGUUCGGAGGAAAUUGAUCACUCUGACGGCUAGUCUCCUCCGCCGCAUGCGUACUGACCUGAUCGAGGAGGAUCUUGAUAUAGGCACAGGGUCCGAUCAACCCGUCAGCACCAUGGGAGCCCAAGAGAAGUUUCCGACUCGAUGGCGGGCUCGCCCUCGAACCCUGCGACUGUCUACUCGGCUUCGGCCUUCAGGCACUGAGGGUAGGCGGCCGGUCAAUCGGGCCUCGCGAUCCGAGCCGCUCCCUGCGUAUGUGUUUAGCAUGGACGAGAGCAUCGAUGCCAUAGCGGAACGAUUGGUGCACGAUUCGAUCCUGUCCAUGUUUCGCAGGCUGCACCCAGAGAAGUCUGGCUGGGACCUUCAAUUGAUGAAUGUCGCGGUAACGAACAUGAUUGAAGGAGCUGGAGAUCGGAAAGACAGCAGUGGACGGGACAUUGGGAAAAUGUUCCAGACCCAGGCAACUGGGACUAAGGAGUUCUUUUCUGCACGAGUUAUGAAAACACCUAUCUCAGCAACAAAGGAAACCAGUACCGACUCUCAUUUGGCGGUCAGUCCUCCUGGAACUAGGAUUUUGGGAAACAUUGUAGAUUAUGUUUUGGAAGAUGCUGGUUGGCAAGAUAGUGAUGGGGAGGAAGGCAUGUCUUGUAUAGCGUGCGACAUCUGCGGAGCCUCGAUUCCUUAUUUUGCGCGAGAGGCGCAUGUAUUAUACCAUUCAGCUCCUGAUUGAAAUGAAUUGCGGUU